ACCUCUUCCUUCGCGGCCUUUUACAUCCUCUUUCAAAGUCGAAGAUAACAUCUGAUAAAGCUGCAAGUCUAAAAUUCUAUCUUUUCGGCUUUCUGAUUUCUCAACGAUGUCAAAAUACUUGCAGCUACUUGCCCAUCCGUCGGAAUUGCGCGCUGUUAUCCAAUGGUCGGUUUGGCACGACCCGGUUUAUCCCCGUGAGCCGGAGAAGGAGUCGGAAAACUUGAAGCGCUGCUAUGAGCUUUUGAACUAUACCUCCCGAAGCUUCUCUGCCGUUAUCCAGGAGCUUUCGCCUGAAUUGCGUGUCGUUAUUGCAAUCUUCUAUCUGAUUUUACGUGGAUUGGAUACCAUCGAAGAUGACAUGACCAUUCCCAAUCCGACGAAACUGCCAAUCCUGCGCUCGUUCCACGAAGUCAUUGACACCCCGGGUUGGACCUACAACGACAGCAAGGAGAAAGACGCCGUGGUCCUUCGAGAAUUCGACAAAGUUAUCAUCGAAUACCAGAACCUUAAGGACAAGUACAAGGUCGUCAUCAAGGACAUCACCAAAGAAAUGGGCCACGGAAUGGCUUCUUACUGCGAGAACGAGGAUUUCAACAAGAAGGGAGUCGACACUGUGAAGGACUAUGAUCUUUACUGCCACUAUGUUGCCGGAAUUAUCGGCGACGGUCUUACGCGUCUCGGAGUCGAGGCCGGAGUUGCCAAUCCUAAGCUCCUAGACAAUCCUCAAUUGUACGAGUCAAUGGGCCUUCUCCUACAGAAAACAAAUAUCAUCCGUGAUUACCACGAAGACCUGAUGGACAACCGUCGUUUCUGGCCCAAGGAAAUCUGGCAAAAGUACGCCAAAAGCCUCGAUGACUUUGCCAAGCCCGAGAACGAGGCAGCCGGUCUCGACUGUCUGUCCGAGAUGGUUGCGAACGCGAUCGAGCAUGUUCCUGACUGUCUGUUUUAUUUGGCUGGUAUCAAAGAGCAGUCGAUGUUCAAUUUCUGCACUAUCCCGCAGGUUAUGGCUAUCGCUACUCUGGAGCUUGUCUACCGUAAUCCUAAGGUUUUGACUGGUCAUGUGAAGAUUCGGAAAGGAUUGGCAUGCAAACUUAUGCUCGAGGCCGUCAAUGUGCGUACGACAUACGACACUUUCCAAGAGUACUGCCACAAGAUCCAGGCGCGCAACACCCCCCGGGAUCCCAUGUACGUGCGCAUCAGCGUCGCCUGCGCCAAAGUAGACCAGUUCAUCGAGACCGUUUUCCCGACAAAGUUCGUGCCCCAGACAGCGGCCAACAACGCCUUCUUGGUUUUUGGAUUGUCGUUUGCCGUUGUUGGUAUUCUCAUUGUGUACACUAUAUUCUUACUCGACUAAUCUCUUUUUGUAUCUCUUUUAUAAUCGUUUGUUUUUGUGUGUGGUUGCUGUAACAGCAUUUCCAACUGUCUGACUGUCGAAUCAAAUCUUUAAAGUAACUGUAGAAAUAUUAGAUUUAAUGACAGAGAGAUCAAUAGUUUGUAUUUACUAUUAAGA